AUGUCCAGUGGUGGCAAGGGAGAAAGGGGCUGGGAAAGGGAGGAGCGAAGCGUCAACACAAGGGACAACAUCCACAGAAUCACCAAGCCGAGGAUUCAGGACUUGGCUCGUAGAGGUGGGGUGAAGAGAAUCAACGGAGUGAUCUAUGAGACUCGAGACAUUCUUAAGAUCUUCUUGGAGAAUAUCAUCGGCGAUACUGUGACCUACACAGAGAACUCCUGA